GCCCGGGAGGAGGAGAAGGAGCGUGAGCGGAGGGUGCUGCUGGCUCAGCAAGAGGCCCGUACAGAAUUCCUACGAAAGAAAGCCAGACAUCAGAACUCACUGCCUGAGCUUGAAGCAGCAGAGGCGGAAGCCCCAAGUUCUGGCCCUGUGGACCUGUUUCGGGAGCUGCUGGAGGAAGGGAAAGGAGUGAUCAGAGGCAAUAAAGAGUACGAGGAAGAAAAGCGACAGGAGAAAGAGAGGCAAGAGAAAGCUCUGGGCAUCCUGACAUACCUGGGCCAGAGUGCAGCAGAGGCACAGACUCAACCCCCUUGGUACCAGCUACCCCCAGAGCGAGGGGGCCCCCCGCCUGGCCCAGCCCCAGAUGAGAAGAUCAAGAGCCGUCUGGACCCUCUGCGGGAGAUGCAGAAGCAUCUGGGGAAGAAGAGACGGCACAGCGGUGAAGGCAAUUGCAGCAGAAAGGAAAAGAAGGAGGGGUCUGAGAAGCAACGACCCAAGGAGCCUCCAUCCCUGGACCAGCUUCGAGCUGAACGUCUUCGGAGGGAAGCAGCUGAGAGGGCUCGGACAGAGGCUCUGCUGGCCCGGGUCCAAGGCCGGGCACUACAGGAGGGUCAGCCGGAAGAAGAGACAGAUGACCGGAGGCGGUGGUACAACUCCCAAUUCAACCCCCAGCUGGCCCGGCGCCCCCGCCAGCAGGACCCUCACUUUGCUCAUUGACUCCUGAGGGGGGUACAGGAGAGGCCGCUGCUGCCAGCCGUCAUAUAAAACUAUUUAUUCAUAAAUAUUUUCCAAAAUGAAAAUAGGUUUACCAAAAAAUGUCCCUCACUGGGGAGGGGAGGAGGGGGCAGCCCUCGCCCCCGGGCCCCCAGGGUGGGGCUGAGAGGAAAACCUCCCGGCCCCUUCCCUGCUUCCUGGGAGAGGGGGAUGCCCCGUGGCCUGGGGCCUCCCUCCAGUCUUCCAGGGCAGGGCCCUCACCUGGGCAGGGGGAUCAGCAUGCGGGGAAGGGGGUGGGUAGGGGAGGGCCGGUGUCACUGGAGGUCCCGGUCCUCCAGGUAGCGGUACUCAAAGGUGAAGCCUUCCUUCUUCCGCUGGCCCCACUUCUCGUAGUCAAAGUAGAUGUAGGUGCCCUGGCCGGGGGAGAAGGCGGUCAGUGAGUGGACGAGGAGGUGGUCUGGGAUCUGGGCCGGACCGACAGACAAAGGGGACAGUUCUCAGGGCUGUCGGUGUGUCAGGCACUGGGCCAACUGCCCUGCACGCACACUCUCAUUCCACCCUCACAAGGUUCUUCUUGGGUAGGAUAUGUUAUCAUGCCACUUCAGCGAGGAGGAAACGGAGGGGGCCGCAGAGGUUCCACCGAAGCCAGCUGCCAGAGCGGGGCCCCAGCCCCAGCCCCAGCCCCAGGUGUGAGUGCAUAGCCUUCGUUUUCUCGAGGGCUGCGGCUUUUGAGCACCUCUCACGUGUGAGUACAGGAUGCACAGCCUAGCAUUUAAUCUUCACAAAGACCUCCAGGCAGCGGGUACUGACACCCUUGUUCUAGAGAAUGGAACAGGCUCAGAGUCUAAAUCCAAGCACUCUGCAGGGACAUUUUAUUGGUGACGGCAGUGGUGUGGGAAUUUCUGAAUGACUGGAUGGCCUGAAAUGUACUAACUUGGAGGAUGGUUUUGGGCCAAACCAGGAAAGGACAGGAGGUCUGUAGUCAAUGUCUGAGGACACAGUGGGAGGGGAGCUAGGUUCUGAAUCAAUGUCUUAAAUGCUUCCAAGAUGGCAACCUGGGAGAACUAGGAGAGGACACUGAGUUCUCUGAGGACAAGGACCUUGUAAUACUUCAUCCCCAUGAAGGGGCUCGGCUUCAGGGAAGUAUUUGGUGGGGGAAAAAACGUCACUGUAGAACACACCAACUGAAAGUAAUUUGGAAAAAAAAAAAAAAAAAA